GGCGGCGCCGGCGCGGGGGCGCCAGUCGCAAGAUGGCGGCGGCCAUGCUAGGCCUGUGGGCCGUGUCUGCGCAGCGGGCGGUGACGGCAGCGCGGCCCGGCCUACAGACGCGGCAGCGGCGCUAGCCCGGCCUCGGCCACUCUUUGCGGUCGCUACUUCCGCCUCUCCCCGCCAUGGAUUUUCCCGUUGGCCCCGGCGCUGCGGGGCCCAGCAACGUCCCGGCCUUCCUGACCAAGCUGUGGACCCUCGUGAGCGACCCGGACACCGACGCGCUCAUCUGCUGGAGCCAGAGUGGGAACAGCUUCCACGUGUACGACCAGGGCCAGUUUGCCAAGGAGGUGCUGCCCAAGUACUUCAAGCACAACAACAUGGCCAGCUUCGUGCGGCAGCUCAACAUGUAUGGCUUCCGGAAGGUGGUGCACAUCGAGCAGGGCGGCCUGGUCAAGCCGGAGCGGGACGACACCGAGUUCCAGCACCCCUGCUUCCUGCGCGGCCAGGAGCAGCUCCUCGAGAACAUCAAGAGGAAGGUGACCAGCGUGAACACCCUGAAGAGUGAGGACAUGAAGAUUCACCAGGACAGCGUCACCAAGCUGCUGACUGACGUGCAGCUGAUGAAGGGGAAGCAGGAGUGCAUGGACUCCAAGCUCCUGGCCAUGAAGCAUGAGAACGAGGCCCUGUGGCGGGAGGUGGCCAGCCUGCGGCAGAAGCACGCCCAGCAGCAGAAAGUCGUCAACAAGCUUAUCCAGUUCCUCAUCUCGCUGGUGCAGUCGAACCGGAUCCUGGGGGUGAAGAGAAAGAUCCCCCUGAUGCUGAACGACAGUGGCUCAGCACAUUCCUUGCCCAAGUACAGCCGGCAGUACUCCCUGGAGCCCAUCCACGGCUCCGGCCCCUACUCGGCUCCGUCCCCGGCCUACAGCAGCUCCAGCCUCUACUCCCCAGAGGCCGUGUCCAGCUCCGGACCCAUCAUCUCCGACAUCACCGAGCUGGCUCCCAGCAGCCCCUUGGCCUCCCCGAGCAGGAGCACAGAUGAGCGGUGGGGACCGCGCCACCUCCCUAGUGGUCCGAAGAGGGCUGGGGCCCCGGAGGUGCCUGCUGACGCCUGUGCCCCCACCUGCAGGCCCCUGCCGAGCAGCCCCCUGGUGCACGUCAAGGAGGAGCCUCCCAGUCCUCCUCGGAGCCCCCCAGCGGCGGCGGCGAGCCCCGGGCGCCUGUCCUCCGUCGUGGACACCCCGCUGUCCCCAACUGCCCUCAUUGACUCCAUCCUGCGGGAGAGCGAGCCUGCCCCAGCUGCCUCAGCCACACCCCUCCCAGAUGCGGGGGGCCGGCCCCCCUCGACCCCACCCGCCUCCGCGUCCCCCGAGAAGUGCCUCAGCGUCGCGUGCCUGGACAAUUUGGCUCGCACUCCACAGAUGUCUGGGGUCGCCCGCCUCUUCCCCUACCCCUCCUCUCUGCAUGGCCGAUUCCAGCCAGGGGCUGAGCUCAGUGAGCACCUGGAUGCCAUGGACUCCAACCUGGACAAUCUGCAGACCAUGCUGACCAGCCACGGCUUCAGUGUGGACACCAGUGCCCUGAUGGACCUGUUCAGCCCCUCGGUGACAGUGCCAGACAUGAGCCUGCCGGACCUGGACAGCAGCCUGGCCAGUAUCCAGGAGCUCCUUUCUCCCCAGGAGCCCCCCAGGCCUCUCGAGGCAGAGGAUAGCAGCCCUGACUCAGGAAAGCAGCUGGUGCACUACACAGCACAGCCCCUGCUCCUGAGGGACGCCAGCCCCAUGGACAUGGGGAGCAGCGACCUGCCUGUGCUCUUCGAGCUUGGGGAUGGCGCCUACUUCUCAGAGGGGGACGACUAUGCAGACGACCCCACCAUCUCCCUGCUGACGGGCUCCGAGCCCCCCAAAGCCAAGGACCCCGCUGUCUCCUAACGGUUCAGGAGGCCCAGCCCCACGCCAUGGCCUGCUUGGGGCUUCACAGCCACAUCGCACUGACCAAUACUGUGGCUUUCACAAAGUGUAUUUUGGUUUUUACAUGAGUCCCCUCCCCCUUCAUAGAAAUAAACAUACAGUAUAUAUGUA